AUGGCUCCUGAAAAUUUCACCAGGGUCACUGAGUUUAUUCUCACAGGUGUCUCUAGCUGUCCAGAGCUCCAGAUUCCACUCUUCCUGGUGCUCUAUGUGCUGACCAUGGCAGGGAACCUGGGCAUCAUCACGCACACCAUUGUUGACUCGACCCCCAUGUACUUUUUCCUGCGACAUCUGGCUUUCAUUAAUCUUGGUAACUCUACUGUCAUUGCCCCUAAAAUGCUGAUUAACUUGAUAGUAAAGAAGAAAACUACCUCAUUUUAUGAAUGUGCCACCCAACUGGGAGGGUUCUUGUUCUUUAUUGUAUCGGAGGUAAUGAUGCUGGCAGUGAUGGCCUAUGACUGCUAUGUGGCCAUUUGUAACCCUCUGCUCUACAUGGUGGUGGUGUCUCGGCGGCUCUGCCUCCUGCUGGUCUCCCUCACAUACCUCUAUGGCUUUUCUACAGCUAUUGUGGUUUCAUCUUGUGUAUUCUCUGUGUCCUAUUGCUCUUCUAAUAUAAUCAAUCAUUUUUACUGUGAUAAUGUUCCUCUGUUAGCAUUAUCUUGCUCUGAUACUUACUUACCAGAAACAGUUGUCUUUAUAUCUGCAGCUACAAAUGUGGUUGGUUCCUUGAUUAUAGUUCUAGUAUCUUAUUUCAAUAUUUUUUUUUCUAUUUUAAAAAUACGUUCAUCAGAAGGAAGGAAAAAAGUCUUUUCUACCUGUGCUUCACAUAUGAUGGCAGUCACAAUUUUUUAUGGGACAUUGCUAUUCAUGUAUGUGCAGCUUUGAAGUAACCAUUCAUUGGAUACUGAUAAGAUGGCUUCUGUGUUUUACACGUUGGUAAUUCCUAUGCUGAAUCCCUUGAUCUACAGCCUGAGGAAUAAGGAUGUGAAGACUGCUCUACAGAGAUUCAUGACAAAUCCGUGCUAUUCCUUUAAAACAAUGUAA